UUCUGUGGCACGUAAUGGACUCAUCUUUGACACUGCUCAGUGCGAAUAUCCGUAUUCUGGUACGUGGGCCUCCCCUCAUCAUGCGUUCUUCUGCAUUGCAUGGUAGCAAAAUUGUCCCUGUCUUACACCGGAGGGAGCCUUGGUGGCGGGUCCCUCAUGCACGACAUAACGGCAGGGCAACUCUUAUAAUUCGCCUCCCACACUGAAAUUUUCUCUCCCAUGGACAUCAGCUAACAUGAUCACCUUCAAGGAUACCCAACUCGCUCUCAUACACAUCCCGUUGCCUCUGUAUCGCAACUUUCUCCAGUCCAUUCUUCAACUAGUCCUACCCAAUGCGACGCGCAAGUCUUACGGGAAUGGUUCUGGCGCCGUGCAGCCGCCCAAAGGCUGGCCCUGCGAACAUCCCUUUGUGAAUAUCUCCAUUACACCCGUCGAGUGCUCCAUAGUAUGUUCGAGGACGCUUGCGAGUGAAGUAUUUCUGCCUGUUCUCAACUUGCUGGAUCCUGAGUCAAGAGCGUCUGUUAGCAUUACCACAGAUGACUAUGUCGUAAUGCAAGUCGAUGGCGAGGGACUUGAUGCAGGACAACGCGUCUUGGAGCUGACAAGUCCUCUUGCUCUGGCUGGGAUUCCCAUCUUCUUCAUCACUACUUACUUCUCCGACUACAUCCUGGUUCCACUGCGACACCGAUCGCAGGUCGUACAAGCACUAGAAGAGCGUGGUUUCCAGUUCGAAAAAGACACUUCCUCAUAUGUCAACUCCUUCCAACAUGCCCGCAAACACUCAGCCGCGUCGCUGGAAGUUCAGCCGCCCAGCACCCCUCCGCCAACCACAAUCUCAGAGCUUCAAACCAGGACCUUCGCUACACUUAAGCGUCGUCACAUCGUUCCCACGGUGGACUCGAGCAUCCGGCUCGUACAGUGCGCCGGUCGACGCGAUAGUACAAAUGGCAUGUCUCAAGCUCGAAACCGCAACAGCAUGACGACAGCCGCCGACGACGCACUCCACCUCGGUCUCGUAAAAUGCCUCAUCACGCAGCCAUAUCCGAAGUUUUUAUCCCUCACACUAACUGAUACCGAGUCUGCCGCGCUGCUGUUCGACCACACCUUACUACCACAUUUCGCGCAAGAUACUCUCCUCGGCUCCAGAGAUGAGUUCUUGACACCCAUCACGUUAGACCUGCGAGGUCUGCCAAUGGAAAGCACCGGCAUCGUAUGCGGUGUAGCUGGCAGGUUAGUCGGCGAAACCACAGGGCAACUGGAGGAUCCUGUCGAGAUGAGCUAUUUGAGUACCGCGCGUGCUGGAACAGUCAUGGUCGCUGAACAGGAGCUGGAACGUGCACUCGAUGCUCUGCACGGCGCUGAGAAUGGGGUUCUGACGGCAAAUGAGUAGUCGUGCUCGUGUAUGAGCGCGGCACAAUUCCUUUUUGGCUGUGACGACCGGUUCUGGCUGAAUCGAGGUCGCUUGAGCCUGCCAAGUAUGCGGCCUUCACUUCCCACUCGGCUUGCAUCGGCUGCUCUCUUUUACUUCGCGACGAGCAACAUCGCUACGAUCUUUGCAUUCGCUGUAUAGG